AUGUCCUCAAAGAAAUAUGUUUUUAUCGCCAUCUUAUUGGUUAUUUGUUUACAAGUAAUUUCUUCCAUUCCAAUUUCAGAAAUUCCAGGUCCAUGGAUUGUAUCAGACAUUGCUGGUAAAAAAGUGAAAACUGGUGAAAAUAUUUGCCUAAAAAUAGGUUCCCCUAAAUACACUUUGGUUAAUAUUACUCUCUUACAAAGAGGAUCUGUUAACAAUCAAACGCUUCUCACAAACGUCGGAUUAGAUUCUGGAAUCAACAAAGUUACUGUUAAAAUUCCAUCAUCCGGUAAUUUCACAACAGCAAAUCCUGAAAAUUAUUUCGCUUUAUAUUCUAAUGGAGAAAGAAUUGAUUAUUCUGCAACCUUCCAAAUUGGAGAUCCUGGUUUUGGUAUUACCAUUUGUAAACCAGUCGCUGGUGAUGUUUUAAAGAUAGGAAAAGUAUUAGUAGCUAAAUGGUCUGGAUCCUAUGUUCCUCCAAGUGAAAAUGCGACUAGUUUCACAUUAGUUAGAGCUUUACUUGAACCUGCCAUCACCACUGGACCUAAUGUCGUAGCUUUCAAUUUCUUCCCUGGUUCGAAUCUUACUUUCUCAACUUGUACUUUAAAUUUCACUUUACCUUCAACAAUACCUAACAAUACUUUAUAUAAAUUCGGAUUUUUGAUCACAUCUAAUAUUUCAAAAUAUGAAAUGCAAAUUUAUUCUUCUGGCACUUUCUUAAUCAAAUAA